UUUUGAAGCGUUGUGGUUCUUGCAUCAAUAUCGUUGAUUGGCUGAAGGCAUUGGAGCCGGAUCUGGAGCGGCAGAGAGCCUGCUGUCGGAACAGGGGGUCGAGCGGCGUGCGAGGGGAAAGUAAUUAGCGCUGCGUGGAGAGGCGAGAGCGGCUACGAAAGGGAGUGGCGACGCCGGCUGCCUGGUUUUAUUUCACUUCGGCCCAGCGUGCUCCGGUUCCGGGCUUUGGAGGAUGUCGGUGUGUGUACGCAUCCUCCCACUGAGCUGGGCUCGGCGUGUGUCCGCCUCCCGGGCUCCCAGCCCGGCGUAACCCAGAUAUAAUUCACCUCCACCGCCGGCCGCGGGGACGUGUCCUUCGGGGGGAUUUGGCUGUGUUUAUUUGACGGUCCCACCCCCGCUUUCCCCUCCUCCUCUGGACACUAACGCAACGCCAGUCAACAGCGUAAGCGGGGCUUCUCUCUACGGGUUUAAUUUAAAUAGAAUCGCCCCGGCUCGUUUCUUGCCCCUGCCUGCCGGAGGAAUGGAUGACAUUUUGAAGAAAAUAGCCAAGGAAGCGUCUGGAAAUAAAUACAAGUCUUUAAGGGACGCCUGCAACUUGGCAUGUGAGACAUUAGGGCUGGAAGAUGGUACUGCCAGGCUGCCUACUUAUCAACUGAGGGAUUGCUGCCUGGCCCCCCUGAAGCUCGCGCUGGAGUCCAAGAAUGUGAAGCUGGCUCAGCACGCGUUGUCGGGAAUGCAGAAGUUGCUGGUGGACGAGCGGCUGGUCUCGCCAGAGAAAGACCUGGAGGAGAGGCAGCUGCUGAACCAGAUGCUGGACUCCAUGAAGGUCACGCCCUUCCUCAACGAGGACCUGCAGGUGGAAGUGAUGAAGGUCCUGCUUUGUAUCACAUAUUCGUCGACGUUUGAGAUAAAUGGCAGUGCCAUCCUAAAGAUCGCUGAGGUUUGUAUUGAGACCUAUAUUGCCAGCUGUCACCAACGCAGCAUUAACACAGCGGUACGUGCCACCCUCAGUCAGAUGUUCAGCGACCUGGCUCAGCAGCUGCGUGCCAAGCAGGAGAGCGAGUACGAGGGGGGACGGCCACUGCAGGAGGAAUCUCACAUCAAAGGUGUGCCGAUCUCUACUGAAGCACUUUGUGAAGACGUGGUGUCUGUGCUUGCUGUUCUCUACGAGAAGCUGCAGAGGGUCGUGAAUGACAGCCAGCAUCUGCAGCUCCUGUACCUCGAGUGCAUUCUGUCCAUGCUCAGCAGCUCCUCCCCUCUCAUGCACUGCCAUAAAGGUUUCACCGAUCUGCUGUGGAGACAGCUUUGUCCGGCACUGAUUGUCAUCCUGGGGAACCCCGUCCACGACAAAACCAUCUCGUCUGCCCACGGUGCCUCUUCGACAGAGAGUGAGGCCACGUUCUCCGGUGUCUCUGACCACGGCCGAGGCUCCGGCUGCUCGUCCCUGGCGCCGGCUCUCAGCGGGCCGGUGGCGCGCACUAUAUACUACAUUGCGGUGGAGCUGGUGCGUCUGGUCGGCUGCCUGGAGUCGCUGAGACCGGUGUUGCAGUCCCUGUACCAUCGGCUGCUGCUCUACCCACCCCCCCAACACAGGGUGGAGGCCAUCAAGAUUAUGAAGGAGAUCCUCGGUAGCCCCCAGCGGCUCUAUGAUCUCGCUGGCCCCACUACGUACGAAGGGGAGACCAGGAGGCGAUCCAGUCAGAGGAGGAAAUCGCACUUGGAUCUUCACAAGAUCAUCAUGGACGGGACAGCCGAGGCCUGCGCGAAGGGUGGGAUUGAGGCCUGCCACGCAGCCGUCUCCUGUGUCUGCGUGUUGCUGGCCGGCCUGGACCAGCUGAGCCAGGGGCGCGGGCUACGCGAGGAACAGGUGCGCCACCUGCUGCGGCACGCCGAGGAGCUGAAGGGAGGCGGUGGCGGGGAGUCGGCCCGGGAGUCGCUGGAGGUCAGCGAGGCGGACUUCCGCUGGCAGCGCCGGCUCCUGUCGGCAGAGCAACCUCACUGGGAUUCCGGCACAGAGCGCGGCCCUGAGGUCAGCGUCGGCAUCAGCAUCACGGCAGAGCCCGGCGACGCCGCCCCAGACGACGGGAAUCUGGCCCAGACGACCCCUGAAGAGUGCCAGCAGCCGGGGAGGGAGGCCGAGCCGGGGGCCGAGAUGUUAGGCAGGGCGCUGGGCGCCCAGCCAGGAGCCGUCCCCCACCAGCAUCGCCGCAGCAGCAGUGGCAGCAACCACGCGGGCGCCGACUUUGCCAACCUCCUCACGGUCAAGCCGCCAGGGUCCCGCUACAGCGAGAGCAACUUCAGCGUCGACGAGCAGGACGUCUCCCGGACAGACUUCGACUCAUGCGACCAGUACUCCACCGCAGCCGAGAAGGACUCCGGCAGGUCGGACGUCUCCGAGAUCGGCUCCGACAACGGCUCUCUGGCGGACGAGGAGCCCAGCUGUGCUGCCCGCCGGCCGCUGCACGGCGCUACCCUCACCCUGAAGGUCCUGAAGAACCAGGAGGCUGACCAACACAGCGCCCGGAUCUUCGUGCAGUCGCUCGUCACCAUCCUCCCUCGCCUCUUGUCCCUCCAGACCAUCGAGGAGGUGGACUCCUCCCUACAGAGCUUCGCCUCCGUCUUCUGCUCUGGCCUACAGUCAGAGUUGUUACGCUCUCCGGGGCCGGACGCGGCUGAGGACGCUGGCUGCCAGACGCUCAUGAACGCAGAUGGCCUGUACCUGGUUGCUUUCCACGCCCUCUCGCUGAGCCUGAAACUGAAUGCCUGCGACUAUUACCGGAGGAAGCCAGCGCCCGUUCCAGUCUCACUGAAAGAGUUUGUGAGGCAGGUUCAGAGCAGCCGGGUACUGAUGGUGCUGUCUCAGGCGUGGAUUGAAGAGCUAUACCAUCAGGUGCUGGACCGCAACUUGUUGGGAGAGGCCGGAUACUGGGGAACGCCACAGGAACAUUCCCUGCCCUUCAUCGUCAUGUUAACGGAUAUGGAUGGAUUGGGAAGCAGUGCCGUGGGUGGUCAGAUGGUCAGCAGCGCCUCAGGACAGUCUCCACUGGCUCAGGAAAGGAACACCCCCGAUUCGGUAACUGCAGGUUCCUGUUUUGCACGGUUCAUCCUGAUGGGCUGCUGGAAGAACCUGAUCGACACGCUGUCCACCCCGCUGACCGGCCGGGUGGCGGGCAGCUCCAAGGGGCUGGCCUUCAUCCUGGGCACAGAGGGCAUUAAGGAGCAAAACCGGAAGGAGCGCGACGCCAUUUGCAUGAGUCUGGACGGCCUGCGGAAAGCCGCGCGCCUCAGCUGUGCCCUGGGCGUGGCUGCCAAUUGUGCUUCAGCCCUGGCGCAGAUGUCCGCGGCAUCAUGUGUUCAGGAUGAGAAGGAGGACAAGGAAGCCCCUGAGACCACGGACCCUAUAGCACAAGUGAAACAAAGAAUGGAGCAGAUCGGGCGUCCCCACGGAGUCGAGUUACAUACAGCACAUGUGUUGUGCAUGGACGCCAUCCUCACCGUGGGCCUGGAGAUGGGCAGCCACAACGUAGACUGCUGGCAACACAUCUUCAGGGUAUGCGAAUACGUCAGCACGUUGGAGCACAGCCACUUCAGUGAUGGAGGCUCCCAGCCUCCCAUCGCCAUCACACAGGCCCAGCAGGCAUCGCCAGACACAGCACACUACUCCGCCAGGGACCCCGGCCUCGAGCUGGAUACCGGCAUCAGCAAACCCGUCAUCCAGCCCUUCACCAUCCAGGAGCUCAUCAAAGAGAGCCACAAGGGGAAGGCGUUCGACAGCCGCGGGGGAGGUGUGCUGACUGGGAGUCAGGCCGCCAAGGUGGUCUGCACACUCUCUACCAUGGCCGACAGGUUGUUUGAAGAUGCUGCGGUGAAACUGAAUCUGACCGCUCUGGUCGGAUUCCUCAGUCAGUUGCGGAAGGCGUCACAAGCACAGCUGUUCGACUCCGCCACAGAGAUCGUGGACUACUCGCUAGCGAUGCCAGGGGAGGCCAGAUCCACGCUAGACCGCCGCAGCACCCUGCACCUCUUCCGGCUGGGUGACGUGAUGCUGCGGAUCGUGCGAAGCCGGGCUCGUCCCCUCCUGCACUUGAUGAAGACCUGGGGCGUUGUGGGCCCCCACUUGGCAGAGGCUGCCUGCCACAGGGAGAGGCACGUAUCCCAGAAGGCCGUCUCCUUCAUCCAUGACAUCCUGACAGAAGUCCUCGCGGACUGGAACGAACUGCCGCACUUCCACUUCAACGAGGCUCUGUUCCGGCCGUUUGAGCACAUCAUGCAGUUAGAGCUGUGCGAUGAAGAUGUGCAGGAUCAGGUGAUUACGUCGAUCGGAGAGUUGGUGGAGGCCUGUUCACCGCAGAUCCAGUCUGGCUGGCGUCCGCUCUUCAGCGCGUUAAAGACAGUGCACAGUAACAAAUCAGACGUGAAGGAGUACCUGAUCGGGGAUUAUUCCACGGGGAAGUCCCAGGCUCCAGUCUUUGACGUCUUUGAAGCGUUCCUCAACACGGAUAACAUCCAAGUCUUUGUUAAUGCAGCCACUGACUAUAUAAUGUGCCUUAUGAAGUUUGUCAAAGGUUUGGGUGGUGAAGAUUGUAGAGAGAUAGGGAAUUGCUACCCAGGAUCCAGUUCUUCGGACUUAUGCCUUCCCGCCCUGGAUUACCUCCGGAAAUGUUCUCAGUUACUGGCUAAGAUCUACAAGAUGCCUUCGAAACCCAUUUUCCACGGGGCUCAGUUCACCAGCUUCCCCUUCAAAGGCCUGGAGAGGUCACUGAGCAGCGAGGACGGGAUCGAGGCUGCCCUCAACGAGUUCGAUGAUGACACAGGUUUGAUUCAGGUCUGGAUUCUGCUAUUGGAACAGCUGACCACUGCCAUCUCGAACUGCCCCCGUCAGCAUCAGCCUCCCACCUUGGAGCUCCUGUUCGAGCUGCUGCGGGAGAUAACCAAAGUCCCAGGUCCGGGAUUUGGCAUCUUUGCUGUAACCCAUCUCCUCCUCCCAGUCAUGUCCAUGUGGCUUCAGCGUAACCAUGGAGAUCAGGCAUACUGGGAGAUGUCAGCUGCCAAUUUCAAGCACGCCAUCGGUCUGUCCUCCGAACUGGUGAUGGAGCAUAUUCACUGCUUCAUCCAGUCAGACAUUGGCUACGAGAACAGCAUCAACGUUAUGUUGAGAGACUUGCUUCAGCUGCUCGUGUCCUGUGUUGCAGAACCCACUGAGACCAUCUCCCGGGUAGGCUGCUCCUGCAUCAGGUACGUCCUGGUUACUGCUGGACCUGUGUUCACCGAUGAGAUGUGGAGGCUGGCUUGCUGCGCUCUGCAAGAUGCCUUCACGGUUACCCUGGAGCCAGUAAAGAACCUGUUGGCCUGCUUCCGGAGUGGCUCAGAGAGCUUCACUGGAGAUGCAUGUGAAGUGAAGGUAGCAGCACCCUCACACUCUGCCAGCGCAGAGGCAGAGUACUGGAGAAUCCGGGCAAUGGCACAGCAGGUUUUCCUGCUGGAUACUCAGUGUUCUCCGAAGACUCCCAACAGCAGAGAGGGUUUCGAACAUGCUCAGUCCUGUGUGCUGAUCAUCGAGCUCCCACCGGAUGAGAAGCCCAACGGUCACACUCAGAGGAGAAUCCCGUUCCGCACGAUCGUGGUCAGCCUACUGUCCCACCAGGUGCUGCUGCAGAACCUGUACGACGUGCUGCUGGAGGAGUUCGUCAAGGGUCCCACGCCCAGCGGCGACGCGCCGGACCGGGCCGUCGGCCUGGGGGAGGGCCGGCCGGCCGGCUUCCUGCGGUACAUCUCCAUGCAGAACCUGGCCGUCAUCUUCGACCUGCUGCUGGACUCGUACCGGACGGCACGCGAGUUCGACACCCGGCCCGGCCUCAAGUACCUGCUGAUGAAGGUGUCGGGCGUGGGCGGCGCCGCCAACCUCUACCGCCAGUCGGCCAUGAGCUUCAGCAUCUACUUCCAGGCGCUGAUCUGCGCCAUCCUCACCAACCAGGAGCACAUCUCGGCCGAGCAGGUCAAGAAGAUCCUGUGCGAGCAACAGCAGGAGGAGGAGGAGGAGGGCGAGCUGAGCUCGGACUCGUCCCAGCAGUGCUCGUCCGAGGACGAGGACAUCUUCGAGGAGACGGCGCAGGUCAGCCCGCCGCGGGGCAAAGAGAAGCGGCAGUGGCGAGCCAGGAUGCCGUCCCUCAGCAUCCAGCCGUGCAGCAAUGCCGACUGGGCCUGGCUGGUGCGGCGGCUGCACAAGCUGUGCCUGGAGGUCUGCAACCACUACAUCCAGCUGCACCUCGACCUGCAGACCGGCGCCGACGAGCCGCCGCCGCCACAGCCGCCGCUGGCCGGCAGGGGCGACCAGCUCUUCUUCCUGCCCGCCUGCCCUUCCGAGGGCUCCAGCCCGUCCACCACCUGCGCCUCGGUCAGGGAGACGCCGUCCGACGAGGGAGCCGCCACCGCCACCGCCGCCGGCCGCGCCCGCACGGCCGCCCCCAGCCCCGCCUCGCCGCCGCCAGGGGGGAAGCCGCGCGGCGGGGAGGGCUGGCGGUCGGACCGGCGGGCCAGCGGCGGGAGGAGCGAGGACAGCGACCCGCGCGGCGGGGAGGGCGGCCGGCCGGCUGGGAAGGAGGAGGACGGCGCGGAGGCCGACCCUCCUGCGGAGCCGGCGCCCGGCAGCCCGGCCCCUGCCGGUGCCGACGCGGAGCCGGGCCGGAGGAAGGAGUGGUGGGAGAGCGCUGGAAGCAGGAUCUACACCAUCGCCGCCGACCGCACCAUCGGUAAGCUGGUGCUGGAGUACAAGAGGCGCAAGCAGCAGAACAGCAACCAGGGCAAGGGGGAGGUGGCGGCGGGCAGCCGCGGCCCCGAGUCGCCCCUGCAGCGGCCUCAGCAGCUGGUCGAGCACAGCCGCAUGCGGCACUCGUUCAGCGCCGGCGCCGAGCUGCUCCGCCAGGACAGGAGGUCUCGCUCGGGCUCCACCGCCAGCUGCCACAACGUCUCCGUGCGCGACACCGAGGGGCAGAUGCAGGCUUGGACCAACAUGAUACUCACCAUCCUCAACCAGAUCCAGCUCCUGCCAGAUCAAACCUUCACAGCCCUGCAACCGUCAGUGUACCCAAGUAUCAGCCAGCUCACCUGCCACGUGACCGAUGUGCGAGUGCGCCAGGCCGUACGCGAGUGGCUGGGUAGAGUGGGGAGAGUUUACGACAUCAUCGUGUAACGCAGCAGGGAAGGACAGGAAUCUGUAUACAUGAAGCACAGUGGUUCUGUUUCGGUGUGUUGGCCCAGUGACCACCUUUCUCAAUCACAUCUGGGGGUAGCCUCCCAGUCAGAGCUCACUACUCUCCAUCCAUUACUGCUGGCCAUCAGCUUACUCCUUGUUGGAGUCAUUUAAACCAAGAUGCCAAAGGAAUUGUACUGAGGAGUUGUAUUCUGCAGUCUAAAUGAACCGUCUGUUUCUGAGACCAAUUGGGAGCAUUUCAUGUCCGACAGUUCAAUAGAACAUUGAAAUGUACAGCACGGUACCAGCUUCUCAUGGUGGAGCAACUCAGCAGGUCAGGCAGCAUCCAUGAAGAGAAAUAAAGAGUCAACGUUUUGGGCCGACUCCCUUCAUUGGGCAGUGCUGUUUAAUGGACCCGUCCAAUGGGGAUCUCAGAACGCAAAGUGAGGUCCUGAUUAAUCAACCCUUCAUUAAUCAAGUCUCUGGAUGCAUUCAAGAGAGAGUUAGAUAGAGCUCUUAUAGAUAGCGGGGUCAAGGGAUAUGGGGAGAGGGCAGGAACGGGGUACUGAUUGUGUAUGAUCAGCCAUGAUCACAGUGAAUGGCGGUGCUGACUAGAAGGGCCGAAUGGCCUACUCCUGCACCUACUGUCUAUUGUCUACAGUCCUGAUGAACAUCAACUCUUUAUUCCCCUCCAUAGAUGCUGCCUGACCUGCUGAAUUCCACCAGUAUUUUAUGUGUGUUCUCUAGAUUUCCAGCACCUGUAGAAUUGUGUUGCAACAACAUUUUUUUCUACUCCAGGGCCAAUCUGACACUUCUGUCCCACAUAGCCCUCUAUUUCUCUAUCAUCCAUGUGCCUAUCUAUAAGUCUUUUAAAUGUCCCUCAUGUAUCCAUCUCUAUCACCAACCCUGACAGGACAUUCCACGCACCCUCCAUACUCUCCUCCAAGCACCUCAAAAUUAUAAACACAAGAGAGUCUGCAGAUGCUAGAAAUCAAAGCAACACACACAAAAUGCUGGAGGAACUCAGCAGGCCAGGCAGCGUCUGGAAAAGAGUACAGUCGACGUUUCAGGCUGAGAUCAUUCUUCAGGACAGCCAGAGACAGACAGACAGACUUUAUUGAUCCCGAGGGAAAUUGGGUUUCGUUACAGCCGCACCAACCAAGAAUAGUGUAGAAAUAUAGCAAUCUAAAACCAUAAAUAAUUAAAUAAUAAUAAGUUAAUCAUGCCAAGUGGAAAUAAGUCCAGGACCAGCCUAUUGGCUCAGGGUGUCUGACACUCCGAGGGAGGAGUUGUAAAGUUUGAUGGCCACAGGUAGGAAUGACUUACUAUGACGCUCAGUGUUACAUCUCGGCGGAAUGAGUCUCUGGCUGAAUGUACUCCUGCGCCUAACCAGUACGUUAUGGAGUGGAUGGGAGUCAUUGUCCAAGAUGGCAUGCAACUUGGACAGCAUCCUCUUUUCAGAUACCACCGUCAGAGAGUCCAGUUCCACCCCCACAACAUCACUGGCCUUACAAAUGAGUGUGUUGAUUCUGUUGGUGUCUGCUACCCUCAGCCUGCUGCCCCAGCACACAACAGCAAACAUGAUAGCACUGAGGGAGAAGAUGUCAGAAUAGAAAGGUGAGGGGUGGGUUAGGUGGUUAAUUGGAAAGUGAUAGGUAAAGCCAGGUGGGUGGGAAAUAUCAAGGGGUGGAGAAGAAGGAAUCUGGAGAGGAGAAUGGAUCAUAGGAGAAAGGGGAGGAGGAGAGGACCCAGAGGGAAAUAAUAGACAUCAUAAUAGGGGAGGAUUAUCACUUGGGCUGCUUGCAAGGGUAAGUGCUGGGAGGAGAUUUUAGAGGAGGGGCAAAUGGACAAGGAAAUUGCAGAGAUAUGCCUCCUCUUGUUAGUCAUUUCCACCCUGGGUAAAAGUCUCUAGCUGUUCACUCUAUUAAUGCCUCUUAUUAUCUUGUACCCCUUCACCAAGUCAACUCUCAUCCUCCUUCACUCUAAAGAGAAGGCACUGGCCCCCUGCCGUCACCAUACCGUGACAUUCUGUUUGCCACCCAGGUCGGGUUGGAAGCAGGGUAGACGAGUGAUGAGGCUUGUCUCGGGUCUCCCGCCUGAGUAGGGUCAAAGCCACAGAUCACACUUCCGUUUUGGAAGUUCCACCCACAGAAGCAACUCCUUUUGCCUGGGCGGAGUGCUGAAGCUGGCCCUUCCCCCUUCGUGCAUCCUUCCUGUCAGAGUCGCUGUGCGACCAUGCUCUUCCUGAAAGGCAAAGUCUAAGCACUUGUGCUCCCGUUGCCCUGGAGGUGCCUGCUCCAAGUAUCGGUUGCUGUGCGUUUGUCGCACUUGAUGCCAUCUUCCACUUGGCAGUUAUAGGCCCUUCUGGGUGAAAUGUUGAAGGGGACCAUGAGGGGAAACCUCUUCUCCCAGAGGGUGGUGAGAGUGUGGAACGAGCUGCCAGUGCAGGUGGUGCAUGUGAGCUCGAUUUCAAUGCUUAAGAGAAGUUUAGAUAAGUAUAAGGCUGGGAGGGGUAUGGAGGGCUAUGGUCGAUGAGAGUAACAGUUCAGUGCAGACUAGAUGGGCUGAAGGGCCCGUUACUUUGCUGUAGUGUUCUGUGACUCUUUAACUGUUCAGUCUGUCCCUGAUCCCUCUGUCCACCACCCCCCCCCCCCAUAUGUCCAAUCCACCAUCUCUGAACUUUUGGACAGUGAGGACCUUUCAAACGUCUUUGGAGGAUGUGUGGAAAUCUUAGGAUACCUUAGCCACUCAACUUCUCCGUACACGCUCUCUUCUAUAUCUACUGAUUCCAACUAGUUCUAGGUGAACAACUGGUCAUUGGUCUUGGGGGGGAAGGCUGAGCGAGCUAGGGCUUUUCUCUUUGGACCCAAGGAUGACUCAGUAGAGGUUUAAAAGAUAAGAGGAACAUAGAUCGAAUGGAUAGUAGAGACCUUUCCCCCAGGCAGAAAUGCUAAUGAGGGGGCAUAAUUUUGAUAAGAUUGGAGGAAAGUAUAGGGGUAAGUCAGAGGUAGGUUUUAUAAAGAGUGGUGAGUGCUUGGAGCACAUUGGCGGGGAUGGUGAUAGAGACAGAUACACUCGGGAUGUUUAAGAGACUCUUAAAUAGAAAAAUGGAGGGCUGUGUGGGAGGAAAGGGUCAGAUUGAUCUUAGAGUAGGUUAAAAGGUUAGUACAAUGUUGUGGGCCGAAGGGCCUUACUGAGCUGUAAUGUUCCAUAUUUAGCUCUUUCGUAGAGUUUACAGCAAAGGCGAGGAAAGAACGGUCUGAGAGGCUAAAUGGCCUCAAUCUCAAACGGUGCUUGGGAAGCUGACUCCUCGUUUCCUGCCAUCUUCACCUCGAAAUAGAUAGCCGGCCCUCUAUCAUCACUGGGUUUAAAUCCUGGAGCUCCCUCCCCACGCAACAGCCUGGGGUGGGCAGCACCUGAAGGGCAGUGCUUCACUGGUCCUGAUGAAUGAAAGGUCUCGGCCCGAAAUGCUGACUGUCUAUUCCUCUCCGUAGAUGCUGCCUGACCCGCUGAGUUCUUCCAGUGAUUUGUGUGCGUUGCUACAGUGUUUCAGGGAGCCAGCUCACCCACUCCUUACUCAGGAACAAUUAAGAUUGGGCACUGAACACUGGCCCUGCCCAUGAUGUCCACAUUAAAUUAACAAUAAUAUUCAGACUACCCCUUGACAUUGUUCCCAUCAGAGAAGACUUCUCUUUAUCUUCCUUGCUAUUGGUCACACCAAACAAGACUUGUCCCAUCUUCACCUACAGUGGAAAUUCCACACUUAUUCCUCCCCGGCCUCUCUCACUUUCCAACGUGAAUUCAGCCCCAGGUGAAACUGUGAGAACCUGUUGUAAGAAAGGCCUGUGGCGACAGCAAACCGUAAUGUCCUAUCUACAUACUUAGUGACGCCAAAGAGUAGAAAAGUCACAUUUGUAUGCAAUGUCUUUUGUUGUUUCUCUAAAAUGUGGCUUUCUUUUAGCUCAUUAACGUGUGUGUGCCAUGACUAGCAACAAGCUUGUCAUUCGUAUUUAACUCCUGUAAGAUGCCAGAACUCUCCCACACAUCGAGACCAGUACCGAUGCACUUUUCUCCAAGUAUGUAGCUGAAACCGUCAGGCCACCAAGAUUCUGUGCACCAUCUUACCGAUCACUCCUCCAAUCAGAUGCAGCAGAACUAACAAAUGCCAGAGGUCAUGAGUACAUAUCCCACCAAUAGGUGUCUGACAUCCUGACAGGUACAUCUGAAGGAUGAAAUGUUUGACCAAAAUUCCGGGGGAGAAAAAGAUCUUGUUUUCAAAGCAAAUCGGGAGUUCACUCUGUAAUCCUGCCAAAUCUGGAUUUAUCAGUUAACAUCAGCAAGAUUAUCUGGUCAUUGUCGCUGUUUGUGGGAGUGUGCUAUGCACAACUUAGUGCCGUGCUUUGAAAGCUUCAGAUUAACUUGGUUGGGUGGGAAAAAUCCGGGAAAUUGUGAAAUGCAAGUCUGUUUAUUUCGACUGGAUUUAGUGUCACCAGUGUUAUGGGCACCUCUAAAGCAGUCUCCAGAAACAAACGUCAGAAUGAUUGUCCUCUGGCAGUGUACCCUACUUAGCAUUUGAGAUUGCAGCUUUGGGAAAUGAUGUUAAAGCAGUUCUAUCAAAUACCUGCGGUGGUACAUUCUACACUGACUGUACACCACUGAUAGAGGACUAAAUGUACCUGCCUCUGCGCAUCAAGAGCAGAUGAUUAGCCUCUCUUGCCUGUGUGAGUGUUAUUUGCUGUUUGUAUCCUGAAUAGUGUGUAGACCUUACUGCCUGCCGGCGUAGCCUACUGCUCAGCUGCCAACUCAACACUAGACGAUUAUGAGUGAGUUCUUCCAAUUCUGAACAGAAAGUCAUUGAUGAAGCAACCGAAAUGAUUGGGCUUAGAGCACCACCUUGAGUACAUAGAAUAUUACAACAGCACUCUGGCCCUUCGGCCCAUACCGUUGUGCCAACCUUUUAACCUGCUGUAACCCUUUGCCCCCACAUGGUUUUCCAUUUUUCCUGCAUCCGUGGGCUCACCUAAGACUCUCUCAAAUGUCCCUGAUUUAUCUGUUUCUACCACCACCCCAAUGACAUGUUCCACUGUCUCUCUAGGUUUUCAUUUAGAACCAAAACACCCUAGCAGGCCCAAUUACACCCAUGUGACCAAUUAACCUACUAACCCAUGCGCCUUUGGAAUGUGGGAGGAAACCAGAGCACCCAGAGGAAACCCACGCGGUUGGGGAGAACGUACAAACUCCCCACAGACAACGGAGUAAGUCCUGCAGUUUCAUCCUGAGGCUGAGGUCAUAGACCUCUGACCACUACAACCAUCUUCCUUUGCAAGACAGACAGCUCCAGUGGCUCUUUACGCAGGUAAAUUGAAUGUAGUGUAAUAAUUCCAUGCAAAUUUGCACUUCAAAAUUCCUUAGAACACUACAGCGCAGGAACCAGCUAAAAGGCAAAUCAGAAACCCCCAAACACUAAUUCCUCCUACCUACACCAUGUCCAUAUGCCCCCAUCUUCCUCAUAUUCAUGUGCCUAUCUACACGCCUCUUAAAAGCCUCUAAUGUAUUUGCCUCUACCACUAUACCAGCCAGCACAUUCCAGGCAUCUACCACUCUCUGAGUAAAAAACUUGCCCCUCACAUCCUCUUUGACCCUACCCCCUCUCAACUUCAAUGCACACCCUCAGGUAUUAGACAUUUCAACCCUGGGAAACAGAUACUCCCUGUCUCCUCUAUCUCUGCCUCUCAUAAUCUUAUAAACCUCUAUCAGAUCUCCCCUCAGCCUCUCCACUCCAGCCUCUCGUGAUAGCACAUGCCUUCAAAUGGUAUGUUUGAGGCUGCUCACCACCACAGUACUUCAAACUGGUGACAGUCAGACUUCACUCCGUGAAACAGUUACUGUGCAGCCUCGUUUACUCUUCUCGUGGUCACCAUGAAAUGACUCCUUCACUUUUAAUUUAUGAAGUAUUUGUGCUUUCUGGGCGUUUCAGUUGACGUUCGGCUUCUUGGCACUUUUCUGCUAGUGUUGCUUGAUUUCUGUAAAGGAAACCUGGUCUGUGUGUAUAUUUUUGCUCUGCCAAUAGUGGUCUGAUUAGACCACCCAACUGUCAAAGUUACAUUUUGAAAAGCUUUUGUGAAAUAAAUUAUAUUUAUGUUGCUUUAUUGUUGAAUAAAAUGCAGGUGCACAACUGG